UAGAUAAAACUGCUAACUGUGGCUUUGCAUUUCAUUGUCAUGUAAAAAAAAAAGAUGCCACGUAUCUGAAACCAUAACCGUCUUACGAAAGGACAAAUAGCCACUCCUUGCUAUCAGUAACCUCAGGAGAGAAGUUUCAGAGGACUAAAGCACAUAUGAAGAGUCUACACCUCUGCACCCAACUCUACCUUCCAAAAGUAAUGCUUUGAUAAACAACAGCUUUAAAAAAGGAAGUGUAGUAUCUGAUAGGGGAAGCGGUUGAUUGCAUUUUUUUGUUCAUCUCCAAACAUUGCAGGAUGCAAAUAUAGACAUGUAGUAAAGUAACAAAACAUUGCCGGCAAUUUUUUGUUACUUUACACUGUUUUUUCCUGCCUUGGUUGCACCGGAUUGUCGUGGUCUGCAGAAGUGCAGAGAGCUCUCUUUUUUACCAGAGACAUGUAGUACUCUGCAAUACAGUAAAGUAGCGUAGACACAAACUGCAUGCCCUCAGAUUCUGCUGUGUCUACUGCAUUAGACAUUUUCAGAGGUAAGAGAAAACUAACAUCUGCCUCCCCACCUCUUUGACUUCUUUUAGAUCAAUUUAUUUACCAGGAAGUGCUGGUAUGUUGUGUUGUUAACCACACUCUCACACUCGGCUUGUGCCCAAUACUGUAUGCGUCUUAAGUUUUGGUAGGGGCUCAGUGACGUCACAGAUGGUAGAAAAACACUUGCAUGCGUGAGGGCAGAGCUUCCCCUUUCCCUGAUCACACAGCUCACACCAGACGCCACCACUCCACACAAACACAUCCAAACAGAAACCACAUCUUUGUCGGGUUAAUGCAGACUCGCUCACAUGCACACCCUGACAGGUCUCUGCUGCUUACGUGUGACAGGAAGGUUUGCUGUUGUGCCCGUUUGCUACUGUACUGCUCGAGCAGGAGAGUGUGUCUUGGCGUCAGCCUGCUGUUAUCAGACAAGUAUGAAGCUGCUGGAACAUGUGGUCGCUGGUGGUCACUCCUGGCUCUGAACACUCCCCUCCAUCCAUCCUGAUCAUUAAGGGAGACGACAGAGAAGCACAAGGUGUUCAGUGAUUGUGGGUUACAAGAUGCAGGAUUGAUCAGGGGAAAGGGUUGUUGAGUUAUGCCAUCAGUGUCUGUGUUAGCGAGGAAAUGACUGAGAAUACAUCUGGAGUGUGGGACGGGUCCCAGCCCAACUCCUCCUGUGGACACAACAUGACCAGCUGGAAUCAGCACAUGGACACCAUGUACACCUACUUCUACCUGCUGCUCUUCAUCCCCGGGCUGCUGCUCAACACCACUGCUCUCUGGGUCCUCUGCAGACACAUUAGUAAGAAGACCAAGGCGGUGAUCUUCAUGAUAAACCUGGCGCUAGCAGACCUGGCCCACAUCCUGUCUCUGCCCCUGAGGAUUUAUUAUUACUUCACACACACCUGGCCCUUUGGACGAGGUGUCUGCCUGUUCUGCUUCUACCUCAAAUACCUCAACAUGUACGCAGCCAUAGUGUUCCUGGUGUGUAUCAGCAUGCAGAGGUGCGUCUUCUUGCUCAAACCGUUCUCCGCCCGCCGCUGGAGGCGGCGCUAUGACCUAUUGAUCAGUGUCGUAGUGUGGGUGGUGGUCGGUCUGGCCUGCUCGCCUUUCAUCUUGAUGCGGAGCAGCAGCAGCUCCACCAGCACCACCAGCCCCGGCGUCAGCACUCAGACUGUCUACAACAUGUCCUAUUCUCUGGAAGCCACAUCUACCCAGCAUCCCUUAGGUUACACCACUUCGCUCUCGUCUCUGAGCCCCAGCAGCUCCGGCCCCAGCUCUUCCAAAGGCACCUGUUUCAAAGACUUGCCCAUGCGUCGUCUGUCGCUCUCUGUGGCGGUCACCAUGAUGGCUUUCGGUGAGCUGUUUGGUUUCUUAAUUCCUUUGGCCUGCAUCAGUUGCAGCUCCAUCCGCACCGCCCGCUCUCUCAUCCAGGGACAGACCCGGGAUCAGUCAAACGCGGCCGACCUCAACUCGUCAGCACGCAGCCGACUCCAGUCCGUCACCUCCAACAGUCAGACGGAUAAAUAUCACGAAAAUCAGACGCAAGCUGAGAAGAGGCGUGCUCUGCGGAUGGUGCUGAGCUGCUUUGCCCUCUUCCUGAUCUGCUUUGCCCCCUACCACCUCAACUUCCUGCUCUACCUGAUGGUGUCGCAGGACAUAGUGUCCGACUGCGCAACCAGGCUGGCCGUGCGUCAGUUCCACCCGAUGUCUCUGUGUCUGGCGAGCCUGAGCUCAUGCCUCAACCCUCUGCUUUAUUACUUUCUGACAGCUGAGUUCAGACUGCACCUAACCAGGCGCACCUCCUCCUUCACCGCCUCGCUGCUCUCCUCCCCACCGAGCCAGCGGCCCGCGCCGGGCCGACUGACGAGCAUGGAGAGUAGCUGCUCGGGAAGGGACUUCCACUAUUCAGAGGCGAAAUAGUUUCUUUCCUCAAGGAAUGACAGAGCUGAACAUGACAGAUAAAGUGCAUCAUGUUGAACUUGUAAACAAGACUGACAACGAGAUGAUUUCACAUGUCCCAGCUGUCUGAGUACAAACUGACCAGAAAGGCUUUGACCUUAAAAAUGAACAAGCUGCCAGAGGACAUCGCUUCAGAACAAACAAAUCUUCAAUCGGCAACUGAAUGUCUGCGCUUCGAAAUGAGUGUGCGCACAAUAUCUAUGUUAAUAUCAGCACAGUCGCCUCGUGUACAUAAGCUACAGCUAGUUGUGCAACAACUUUAAAUAAGCUAUGUCAUUAAUGUCAGAAGCUGUAUGUAAAUGUCCUGUAAAUAAAAGCGCUGUCUGCCUCUA